AUGGAGCGGUCGAUAGUGGCCACUGAGUGGUCCAUCGUGGCAGACGAUAGUGACUCGUCAGUGGAAGACAGUGGAGUGUCAACUGCAGACUCAAUUGAAGCGGAAGAGGAGAACGGGGAUAAUGACACCACGGCAGCACCAGCACCUGAUGACCCACUUGCCAGUUACUACGAGGCCUAUGCUGAUCAGUUUCUUGAUUUCAUAAACACAAACCCCACCACCUACCACGUUGUUUCGCACUUUAAAUCCCUCUUGGAGAAUAACGGGUUCAAGUCCAUCAGCCAGAACAAGGCCAUUGCAGAGCUCGAUGCUGGGUUCUACUACACUUGCAACGGUGACCAGUCGUUGGUUGCAUUUGUCAUUGGCGGGAAAUGGUCACCUGGCAAGGGAUCUUGCUUUGUUGCAAGCCAUUGCGACGCAUUGAGUGUCAAGGUCAAUCCCCGUGGUCUGUUGAAGCUGCGGGUGGACGGGUACGAUCUUAUAGGAGUGGCACCUUACUCUGGCAGCUUGAACAGCAACUGGCUCAACCGGGACCUUGGGCUUGCAGGGAGUGUGCUCGUGCAGACACCGCAAGGUGUGCAGCGCACGUUGAUAAACUCGGCACCGCUCCCAAUCGCGGUGAUUCCGUCGCUAGCACCGCAUUUUGGCGUGGAUACGGCUGUUUACAACAAGCAAACCCAAGCCGUUCCAGUUUUUGCUCAUCGUUCGGACGACGAGCUAGUACCUACGGAGGAAGAGCUAGGUAGCAAGUUUUUUGCAAGACAUUCAUUGCGAUUGCUAAGGUACAUUUGCGCCCUAGCUGGGGUUUCUUUGAGCUCGAUAGUUGACUUUGACUUGGAUCUAGUCGAUGUGCAGCCCAGCUGUCGCGGAGGAGUAAAUCGCGAGUUUAUAUUUCUGGGCUGUUUGGACGACAGGCUCUGUGCUUUCGAUUCCAUCUACGGUCUCAUUGAAUAUAGUCAGCAAUUUCUCCUAGACAAGGACAUCUCCACCUCGGAAGCACUCAACGGGGUAUACUUGGCAAACAACGAGGAGGUUGGCAGUUUGACCUCGACUGGGGCUUGUGGAGGAUUCUUGAUUGACACUUUAAGAUCAGUAGUGGCUGCCAGGUGCAGAGAGCUCCCCGUAUCGGAGGCCGUUGCGCAGUUGACUACAAACACCGUCUUGUUAUCAAGCGAUGUCACGCAUGCAUUAAAUCCAAACUUCAAGGAGGCCUACUUGGAGAACAACUUCCCGCUACCAAACACGGGGCCGUCGAUCAAGUUUGACUCGAAUGCACACGUAUUGAGCGACUCUUUGGGCAAAGAGUUUCUCACCAGAAUAGUGGCUGACUUGGACGGAGUAAAGUUGCAGCAGUUUCACAUACGAAACGACUCGCGGUCCGGAGGCACCAUCGGGCCGAUCAUGUCGAGCAGCCAGAGAGGUGUCAACGGGGCACGAAUGAUCAUCGACGUGGGUCUCCCCAUUCUCAGCAUGCAUUCCAUACGGAGCAUCGCCGGGUACAAAGACGUCGGUAUGGGAGUGCGCUUCUUUAAACAGGUGUUUUGUAAGUGGCGUACCGUAGCUCGAGAAAUGGAUGGCAAGCGGGUGUAA